AUGGCCGACGCCAAUGCAAUACCAACGCCCGAGGACAAGUCCCGUUAUGAUGCCCUGAGGAGGGAGCUGACCCAGGCAAUUCCCAGGAAAAGGCUGAUCGACAAGCAAUUGGCCCAAAUAGAAUUGCAAAUAUACAACCUCGAGGCCUCAUAUUUGACGGAGACUGCUGCCCAUAGCGGUGGCAACAUCAUUCAAGGGUUUGAAGGAUAUCUCAAAAACCAGACGGCAACCAGGAAGAAAUAUGAAGUCGGUGACCAGGACCGUGUCUUCUCAAACAGCAGCACUACCUACCAGAAGUCCUUGGACUUGACCGGAGAAGGGGACGAAUCUACCGCCCCUGAUGACUUCAAACAGCCCAUGAAUGGACCGACGACUGUUGUGCUUCCUCCGGCUCCCAAGACCCAUGAACAGUCUCUGCAGGCCAAACGAGCCAGGGACAAGGAGUAUCAGCGCAGGAAGCGCGCUAGUGCAAGCCUUCGAAGUACUGCCGGCGAAAGUGAAGAAGAAGUCAGUGCCUCUUCAAGAAGAGCCAACAAGCGAGCGCGGGUAGCCGAUGACGACUGA